ACCAAACGUUGGUUGAUAUUGAUAAUAUAAAGCUUCGCAAUAUGUUUUUUGCCUGGAUUAUUAAUCGUCAAUGCUCAUUUAAUAUAAUUGAAGACCCUGAAUUAAUUGAAAUUAUAAAAUAUUUAAAUCUCGCAGCACAGUUAAUUAAAGCUGAUACAAUUAAAGAAGCAAUAAUGUCACAUUAUGAUUCAGGGACAAUAUUAGAUUAA